AUGUCUGGUUGGGGUAUGCCCGAGGUGGCCGCGGCCUUGCCAGAGAUCGCCAACGAAGCGGUCGUCGCAUCGGAGGCUCCGACUCCCACUGAGGCUCCCGCUCAGGGACGAAACCCUCAGGAGCACGGCUGGGUUGCUCAGAACAGUUAUGACUACUCUGCAUACAUGAUGACCUCCAAGGAGCUUGCUGAAUCUCGUGCUGCUGCUGCUGCUGAAGAUGCAGGUUUGGGAUUGAGAGUUGAGACCGGUGGCGACUGGGCCUCCAAUGCCGCCGUCUAUGAGUGGAACGAUGAGUUUGGAGACGUCGGACCACGCCACCCCGAGUUGGAGAAGCAAUUGUUUGGUCAGGACAACCACGUGAAGAGUGGCAUCAAGUUCGAGAACAUUACCUCCAUUGAAGUUCACCAGGAGGGUAAUAUCCGUAUUGAUCCUAUUCGCAAGUUCGAGCAUGCUGGUCUUCAUCCGGUCAUGUUGGAGAAUAUCAAGCUUGCCGGUUACGAAGUUCCCACCCCCAUCCAGCAGUAUUGCAUGCCAGCAAUCAAGCUUGGUCAUGAUAUUGUUGCUUGUGCUCAGACAGGCUCUGGUAAGACUGCAGCCUUCUUGGUGCCAAUCCUGUCCAAGCUCAUGGGCAAGGCUAAGAAGUUGACCGCUCCUCGCCCCAAUCCUGUAACCUACCAGGAAGGCAUCACUCCACCUGUUCGCGCCGAGCCUCUUGUGCUCAUUGUCUGCCCUAGCCGCGAGCUUGCCACCCAAAUAUUUGAUGAGGCUCGCCGCUUCUGCUAUCGCAUGAUGUUUCGCCCCUGCGUCGUGUAUGGAGGUGGCCCAAUUGCCGAGCAGGUCAAGCAGCUUCAGAAGGGCUGUGAUAUUAUCAUCGGUACACCGGGUCGUCUUGUUGACUUUAUCAAUCGUCCUGCAGUUUUGACUCUCAAGCGUCUCAAGUACAUGGUGAUUGACGAGGCCGACGAGAUGCUCAACAGCGACUGGGAGGCUGAACUUAAGCAGAUUAUGUCCGGCGGUGACCAGGAAGAGGGAAGCCUUAACUAUAUGUUUUUCUCCGCCACUUUCCCCAAGGGAGCUCGUGAUCUUGCCAAGGAACAUCUUGCUCAUGACCAUGUUCGCGUUCGGGUUGGCCGUGCUGGCAGCUCUCACUUGAACAUCAAGCAGGAGAUCGUCUAUGUUGAUCCGUCCAUGAAGUUACAAGCUGUGGAGGAUCUGCUCUUAUCGACUCCGCCCACCCGUACCAUCAUUUUCGUCAACAGCAAGCGUGCGGCUGAUGAGCUUGAUGACCGCUUGUUCAAUAAGAGCUUCCCUUGCGUUUCUAUUCAUAGUGAUCGCACCCAGCGUGAGCGCGAGGACUGCAUUCGAUCUUUCCGUCUCGGCAAGAACCCUAUCUUGAUUGCAACUGGAGUUUCAGCUCGUGGUCUGGAUAUCAAUAAUGUAAUGCACGUCAUCAACUAUGACCUACCAUCUGCACGCUUUGGUGGCAUCGAGGAAUACACUCAUCGUAUUGGUCGUACUGGUCGUAUUGGUAACAUGGGUCUUGCGACUUCCUUUUACAACGAUCGUGACGUUGACCUCGCCGAGAACCUCACCAAGACUCUUUUGGAGACGCAUCAGGUUGUUCCUGAUUUCCUUCAGCAAUAUGUUCCUGAUGGUUUCACUGCCGACGGUAAGGGUGACAUCAAGACCCUCAAGUUUGAGGCUGAUUCUGACUACGGCGAUGGCGAUGGCAAUGGUGAUGACAAUGGAGGUGCUGCUCUUGAUGAUGAUGCUGACGCGGGUGGCUGGGGUACCUCAGAUACUCCUGCUGCUUCUGGUUGGGGAGUUGCGCCGACUGAGGCUCCAGCUGCUCCAGCUGCUCCAGUUGAAGGUGACGCCCAAUGGGGUGCAACUCAGGCUUUCGUUCCGGCCGCUGGUGGUGUUCCCGUCAAUGCUGCUACUACGGCUCCGGUUGUCCCAUCUCAGCAAUUUGUCGGCGUGUCAUCUGUCCCUUUUACCAUGCCCCCUCAGGGUGCUUCCGCUACUCAAGGGCUUGCUCCAGUUGCGCCUGUCGCUCCAGUUACGCCUGCCGCUCCAGUUACGCCUACCGCGCCGGCUGGACUCGCAUCCUCGCAAUUCGCCGCUUCAGUCUCUAGCUGGGGAGUUCCUUCUCCGGCUCCUUCUCAGCCUGCUGCACCAUCGAACGGUUCUGUUUGGGAGCCUCCGACCGCUGGCGAAUGGGGUACUGCCGGUUCUGGCUGGUAA